AUGGAAACAUUUAGUGAAGAAAUGUCAAAUAAUUAUGAAAUGUUGGGUAAAAUUGGAGAAGGAACUUAUGGAACGGUUUUUAAAGCAAAAAGUAAAGAAAAUGGGCAAAUUGUUGCUCUAAAAAUUGUUAAAUUGGAUGAUGAAGAUGAGGUUUUUUGUUUAAAAAUUAUUUUGAAAAUUAUUGGCGGUAAUUAA